AUGCACUUCAUCGAAAAACCAUUCUUCUGGCCCGUGGAAGCUGGAGAUAUAGAGCAGCGCAAGAACGCCUACGUUGAGCACCAAUAUCGUAUAUACAGCGCAGCCUACGUGGGCAGAAAAGUCGCCAGCGAAGCAGUGGAAUACUACUAUUUCAGAGAGCACCAGGUUACCAACGUCACGAACUUGAAGAAGACGCUCACGAAGGAUAUGUUCAAUCUCGGCGUUAAACCGUACGAGUUUAUCCGAGUGCUGCACAUUUACCUCAAUAUUGACAAGGUAGUCACUCGAUCGAAAGUGGACUGGGAGGGCUGGCUUGUCGAGGAGGAAGAUCCAGAAGAAGCGAUUGCGAGGGAGAAGAGACACCUCAACGAUUUGUAUCAGAAACUGACAUCUGGCUUGUCCCUCGUUGUGCGAGGAAGACGCCGUUGGCCGGUGAAGAUCAUGAUCGAAUUGACGAUGGGCAGUUAUCCAGGUGGCGGUGCUGAUGCGAGGACUCAAGAUCAAGUCACCGCUCGGCGGGACUACGAACGUGGGUUCUUGAACGUACUGGAGGCGAUACGCGGACCGGUGUAUGACACGAUACAUGCUGGCUUCGAGGUCGAAGUUGCAUGGAAUGGGAAUAAGGCUUUUACCCAGACUGCUCUCUCUGAAGAACGUAACAGGAAUGAACGCGAUGGUAGUGAAAGUGAAGAUGAUGGGUACGGUAGUGCUUGUAGCGAAGAGGGUAACCACUGCUUCUGUUACUAUUACCCCCCGAACAGUACGCAAAAGAUGUUCGAGCACGUAUUAGACUUCUUCCGCCUCAGCAAGGAGGAAUGGGAAAAGGAAAAAGCCUCACAAGUAACGCGCAACGGCAACUACAACCCCAAAGCGCACUACAAGCCCAAGAGCCUACUACGCUACACCCGCGAUAUCAACAAAUACUACCAAAUGGACUUCGCCAGAAACCUACCACAGUACCGAGCUAGGUGGGAUUAUGAAUCGUUCGAGCGGCUGCUGCAUCUGGGGAGAUGGAACGUCCGAUGGAAACGAUACGAUGACAGUUCCGAUUCGGGAGGCUGUUCGAUGCUGUGGCAUACGAAUAGCAGUGCGUAUAGUGAUAGUGAACGCCCGGAUGGUUGGUAUGAUAGGUACGAGGAUGAGUAUACCUCGGAAGAAGAGGGCGAUGAGGAUGAGGAGGGUGGCGGAGAUGUGUACAAUCACAGCGACGAUGAAGCUUCCUACGACAGCUUGGAUGAAUGGGCACUUGCGCAAAUCGCGUAG